CCGUUGAAGCUGCAUUGUGAGGUUUGCAGUAUAGUGUCCAGCUCUGGCCAGAUGCUGGGUCGUGAGGCAGGAGCUGAGAUCGACCAGUCCUCCUGCAUAUGGAGAAUGAACAACGCACCCACCCGCGGCGGCUUUGAGAGGGAUGUGGGCCGCAGGACAGACCUGAGAGUGGUGUCUCACACUAGUGUUCCUCUGCUAAUCCAAAAACCCCAGCACUUCUUUGGCCAGGGGAAUGAGACCGUCUAUGUGGUGUGGGGACCCUUGCGCAACAUGAGGCAGGAUGGCAAGGGCAUUGUGUACAACAUGCUGCGGCAAGCGGUGGAAAACUACCCACAUGCGCGCAUCUACGUCACCACAGAAGAACGCAUGAAUUACUGCGACACAGUUUUCAAGAAGGAGACGGGCAAAGACAGGUGA